CGAAAGAGCGAGAGAGACAGAGAGAGCAAAGUGAGAGCAUCUUUACAUUCAUGUCCUCUAGUAGGAGGAAGGAAGAAAGGAAGGACGGAAGGAAGGAAUUAAUGAAGAAGGAGUGAAAGAGUCAACGCCCUGUUGUGAGUGAAAGCUUCUCUGCUAAGCUCUCAUCCCAUCAUCCCCACUGAGACGCACACAGGAGGAUACGACUCAGCCACCUCAGCACUUCAAGGAUUCAAGGAUUCUUUAUUUGUCGCUGAGGUUUGUUUUUCAUAGAGACAGUAGUGCUUGUGUUACAGGCAGAAUGAUUGGGAAUCCUUCUUGACUAUGGAACAUAAAGUAACACACCUGUAAGAGGGCUUUUUCUAGAUGAGGAGACUGAGAGGUGAAGCUGAUGCACCUGCCUGGAGCUGAAAUAGCAGUGGUUCCAACAGUGAGAUCAUUUUUUCCCUUGCAUGGUGGCUGGGAGUUUUUAAUCUCAAAAUGGGAUGCACCACCAGUGUGGUUCUGUUGGAGGGGCUGCGCUCCAUCCUGGAGAGGAACUGUGGCUACAUUAAGGGGGCGAGGGAGCUCGGAGUUCUGGAGGAGGAAGAGGAAAGAUUGAGUCUGAGGGGAUCUCAACUUUGGAUUCCUACCACUGCUCUGGUGAAGCCGAAGAUCAUAGAGCCUCUGGACUAUGAGAAUGUGCUUCUUCAGAGGAGGACCCAGAUUAUCAGUGAUGUUCUGCGGGACAUGCUGCAGUUUCCCACAGAUGACUUUCAGAUCUCCACCCUCCGGCGCCAAGGCAGGACUCUGUUCUCCACAGUGCCAGAGACUGCCGAGAAAGAAGCUCACUCACUCUUUGUGCUCGAGUGCAUCAAAACCUACAAGUCUGACUGGCAUGUGGUCAAUUACAAAUAUGAAGAGUAUUCUGGGGAUUUUCGUCAGCUCCCAAAUAAGGUGUUAAGACCUGAGAAACUAGCAGCUCACCUGUUUGAGGUGGAUGAAGAUGUGGAAAAAGAUGAGGACACAGCCUCUCUGGGAUCCCAAAAGGGAGGAGUGUCAAAACAUGGCUGGCUGUACAAAGGCAACAUGAACAGUGCAAUCAGUGUUACUAUGCGGUCCUUCAAGAGAAGGUACUUUCAUCUCGCUCAGCUUGGAGAUGGCUCUUACAACCUCAACUUCUACAAAGAUGAAAACACCUCCAAAGAACCCAAAGGAACCAUCUUCCUUGAUUCGUGCAUGGGUGUAGUUCAGAACAGCAAAGUGCGUCGCUUUGCCUUUGAGCUGAAGAUGCAGGAUAAGAGCACGUUCCUGCUGGCUGCGGACAGCGAGGCAGAGAUGGACGAGUGGAUCAGCACACUCAACAAGAUUCUCCACAGCAGCUUUGAACAAGCCAUGCAGGAAAAGAGAAAUGGAGACUUGCAUGACGAUGAGGAGCACGGAAAAACAGACCUCACCUCCGGAAGUUUUCAAGACAGCUUUCAGACGGCCAGAGAUAUUGAGUCCAAAAUGAGAAGUGAAGCUCGCCUCAAGCUGUUCACUCUGGACCCAUACACACAGAAACUGGACUUUUCUGGCAUUGAGCCCGACGUACGGCAGUUUGAGGAGAAGUUUGGGAAGCGGGUCCUGGUCAGCUGUAAUGACCUGUCGUUCAACCUGCAGGGCUGUGUGGCAGAGAAUGACGAGGGACCAACAACCAAUGUGGAGCCUUUCUACGUGAUCCUGUCCCUCUUUGACGUCCAGAACAGCAGAAAGAUCUCAGCUGACUUCCACGUGGAUCUCAACCAUCCUUUGGUCCGACAAAUGUCAUCAGGCUCUGGUGGUAGCAGCGGGCACGACGUUCAAAUCAACAGCAGUUGUGGUGAUGGGCUCUUCAGUGGUCACAGGCUGGCCAGUGGACUCCCAGAAUGUGCUCUGGAGUACCCCAGGCAGGGGGUGUUCUCAGUCACAUGUCCCCAUCCAGAGAUCUUUCUCGUGGCCAGGAUUGAGAAGGUCCUGCAGGGAGGGAUCACUCAUUGCACUGAACCCUAUAUGAAGAGCUCAGACUCUGCAAAGAUGGCUCAGAAAGUGCUGAAGAACGCUAAAACCGCCUGCAGCAGACUGGGGCAAUACAGGAUGCCAUUUGCUUGGGCUGCAAGGCCUGUGUUCAAAGAUGCGUCAGGAACUUUGGACAAAAGCUCUCGUUUCUCAGCUCUUUACAGACAGGACAGCAGCAAGCUGUCAGAUGAGGACAUGUUCAAACUGCUUACUGACUUUAGGAAACCAGAGAAAAUGGCCAAACUCCCUGUGCUCUUAGGGAACUUGGAUGUGACUAUUGACAGUGUGGCCCCGGAUAUAACCAAUUGUGUCACUUCCUCUUACAUCCCUGUGAGGAACUUUGAAGGCAACGGGCCAGGCAGUGCUCUGCUGGAGGUGGAGGAGUUUGUUCCCUGCAUCGCGAAGUGCUCCCAACCAUUCACCAUCUAUAAAAACCACCUGUAUGUCUACCCAAAACACCUCAAGUAUGAUGGACAGAAGACCUUUGCUAAGGCGCGCAAUAUUGCCGUUUACAUUGAGUUCAAGGACUCGGAUGAGGAUGACGCCCAGCCACUUAAGUGCAUAUACGGUCGUCCAGGAGGUCCUCUUUUCACCAAGCAGGCGUACGCAGCCAUCCUGCACCACCAGCAGAACCCUGAGUUCUACAGUGAGAUAAAGAUGGAGCUACCUACCCAGCUGCAUGAGAAGCAUCACCUUCUCUUCACCUUCUAUCACGUUAGCUGUGAUAGCAACAGCAAGAAGAAAGACCUCGUGGAGACUCCAGUGGGUUCAGCCUGGCUGCCUCUGCUGAGGGACGGCAGAGUCAUCAUGAACGAACAGCAGCUGCCUGUGGCUGCAAAUCUACCUGCUGGCUACCUCAGCUCUCAGGAUGGUGUCAGCAAGCACUCAGGCUCAGAGAUCAAAUGGGUAGAUGGAGGAAAACCUGUUUUCAAAGUGUCCACUCAUCUUGUUUCUACAGUUUACACUCAGGACCAGCACUUGCACAACUUCUUCCACCACUGUCGAAUCAUGGAGGUGUCAGAACAAGCAUCAGAGGGGGAGCUGGUGAAAUACCUUAAGAGUCUCCAUGCGAUGGAGGGUCAUGUGAUGGUCAACUUCCUGCCCACUGUCCUUAACCAGCUCUUCUCUGUCCUUACCAGAGCCACACACGAGGAUGUGGUUGUGAAUGUGACCAGAGUGAUGGUCCAUGUUGUAGCACAGUGCCAUGAAGAGGGACUUGAGCAUUACUUACGGUCUUACAUCAAGUUUGUGUUUAAGCCAGAGACUUACUCCUCCACUAAUGUGAAAACAGUUCACGAGGAGUUGGCCAAAGCCAUGACAGCCAUACUCAAGCCAUCGACUGACUUCCUAACCAGCAACAAGCUGCUAAAGCACUCGUGGUACUUCUUUGAAGCUCUGGUGAAGUCUAUGGCUCAUUAUCUCAUGGAAAGUGGAAAAGUCAAGCUUUCAAGGAACCAGCGUUUUUCUGUCUCAUUCUACCACGCAGUAGAGACUCUGGUUAAUAUGCUGAUGCCUCACAUCACCCAGAAAUACAAGGACAACCUGGACGCAGCUCAUAAUGCCAACCACAGCCUGGCUGUUUUCAUCAAGCGUUGCUUCACGUUCAUGGACAGAGGCUUUGUAUUCAAGCAGAUCAACAACUACAUGAACUGCUUUGUGCCUGGAGACCCCAAGACUUUGUAUGACUUCAAGUUUGAGUUCCUGCGUGUUGUCUGCACCCAUGAGCAUUACGUUCCUCUUAAUCUGCCCAUGCCCUUUGGAAAAGGGAGAAUACAGAGGUUCCAGGAUCUCCACUUGGACUAUUCUCUGACCGACGACUUCUGUCGAAACCAUUUCCUGGUGGGUCUGCUGCUCAGGGAGGUGGGCGGGGCUCUUCAGGAGUUCAGGGAUGUCCGUCAGAUCGCCGUCCAGGUGCUCAAGGUCCUGAUGAUCAAACAUACAUUUGAUGACCGCUACGCUGCGAAAAGCCAACAGGCCCGACUUGCCACUCUUUACCUCCCUCUGUUUGGCCUGCUGCAGGAGAAUGUCCACAGACUUGAUGUCAAGGAGUCAGCGCCUUUCAGCACCCACAGUAAUGUGAGAGAGGACUCCAUGAUGGCGCCUCAGAAAACUGGCAGUUGUAUAGAAAACGCUCUGCACAAAGAUGUGUUCGGGGUCAUCUCUGGAACAGCGUCGCCGCACAGUUCCACUCCCAACGUCAGCUCUGUUAACCACGCAGACUCCAGAGGCUCGCUGAUCUCCACUGACUCUGGGAACAGCCUGCCGGACAAGAGCAGUGACAAAACUAAUUCUCUGGAGAAGAACCAGCGUGCGUCGACUCUGGGCAGCACCGUGCUGCGCUGUGACAAACUGGACCGGGAUGAGAUCAAAAACCUGCUCAUGUGCUUUCUGCAUAUUCUCAAGAGCAUGUCAGAAGAGGCUCUUUUUUCUUACUGGAACAAAGCAGCUUCAUCAGAGCUGAUGGACUUCUUCACAUUAAUAGAAAUUUGCCUUCAUCAGUUCAGAUACAUGGGGAAGAGGUUCAUCGCCAGGAGCCAGGAAGGGACGGGGCCUGUAGCUCCCGACAGGAAGUCUCUGACUCUACCUGUGUCUCGUAAUAGGGCAGGGAUCCUGCACGCUCGCCUGCAGCAGCUGGGGGCGCUGGAGAACGCUCACACCUUCAACAACAUGUAUUCUCACACGGAAGCAGAUGUGAGCAACCAGUGCCUGCUGGAGGCCAACGUGUCCACAGAGGUGUGUCUCACGGUGCUGGACACACUCAGCAUCUUCAUCAUGGGAUUCAAGACCCAGUUGACCUCAGACUUGGGUCACAACCCCCUCAUGAAGAAGGUCUUCCAGGUGCACUUGUGCUUCCUGCAGAUCCCUCAGUCUGAGGUCGCUCUCAAACAGGUCUUCACCUCACUCAGGACCUUCAUCUACAAGUUCCCCUGCACAUUCUUUGAUGGCCGGGCCGACAUGUGUGCCUCCCUGUGCUAUGAAAUCCUAAAGGGCUGCAACUCCAAGCUGAGCUCCAUCCGCAGCGAUGCAGCGCAUCUUCUCUAUUUCCUCAUGAAAAGUAACUUUGACUACACGGGACGCAAAUCCUUUGUGCGAACACACCUGCAGGUGGUAAUAGCCGUCAGUCAGCUGAUUGCAGACGUCAUCGGCAUCGGGGGAACUCGUUUCCAGCAGUCUCUCUCUAUCAUCAAUAACUGCGCCAACAGUGACAAAAACGUCAAGCACACUGCCUUUCCGUCAGAUGUGAAAGACCUGACGAAGCGCAUCAGGACAGUGCUGAUGGCCACAGAGCAGAUGAAGGAGCACGAGAAUGACCCAGAGAUGCUGGUGGAUCUCCAGUACAGCCUGGCCAAGUCCUACACCAGCACGCCCGAGCUCCGAAAGACCUGGCUGGACAGCAUGGCACGCAUCCACAACAAGAAUGGAGACCUUUCAGAGGCUGCCAUGUGUUACGUGCAUGUUGCUGCUCUGGUGGCUGAGUACCUGUGGAGAAAAGGUAUGUUCAGACAGGGAUGCUCUGCUUUCCGCGUCAUCACGCCGAACAUUGAUGAGGAGGCGGCCAUGAUGGAGGAUGUGGGGAUGCAGGACGUUCACUUCAAUGAGGAGGUGCUGAUGGAGCUGCUGGAGGAGUGUGCUGAUGGCCUCUGGAAGGCCGAGCGUUACGAGCUCAUUGCUGAUGUUUACAGGCUCAUCAUCCCCAUCUAUGAGCAGAGAAGAGACUUUGAGAAACUGACACACCUGUACGACACGCUCCACCGUGCCUACACUAAAGUGAUGGAAGUGAUGCACACAGGCAAGAGGCUGCUGGGCACAUACUUCAGAGUGGCCUUCUUUGGACAGGGUUUCUUUGAGGAUGAGGAUGGAAAGGAAUACAUCUACAAGGAGCCAAAGUUCACCCCACUGUCUGAGAUUUCCCAGAGACUCCUGAAGCUCUACUCUGACAAGUUUGGCCAGGAGAAUGUGAAGAUCAUUCAGGAUUCUAGCAAGGUGAACCCGAAGGAUUUGGACUCCAAGUACGCCUACAUCCAGGUGACCCACGUCACGCCCCACCUGGACGACAAGGACCUGGAGGACAGGAAGACAGACUUUGAGAAAAGCCACAACAUCCGGAGAUUUGUGUUUGAGACACCAUUUACGGUGUCGGGCAAGAAGCAGGGAGGAGUGGAGGAGCAGUGUAAAAGGCGGACCAUUCUCACCACCACACACUGUUUCCCUUAUGUUAAGAAGCGCAUAGCGGUCAUGUACCAACACCAGACGGACCUGAGCCCCAUUGAGGUGGCCAUCGACGAGAUGAGCUCCAAGGUGGCUGAGCUGCGACUGCUGUGCUCCGCCUCAGAGGUGGACAUGAUCCGGCUGCAGCUCAAACUGCAAGGCAGCAUCAGUGUGCAGGUAAAUGCUGGUCCUCUUGCUUAUGCCAGAGCUUUUUUGGACAACACCAGUGCCAAGAAAUAUCCUGACAACAAGGUCAAACAACUCAAAGAGGUGUUCAGGCACUUUGUGGACGCCUGUGGUCAGGCGCUGGGAGUGAAUGAGCGGCUGAUUAAAGAGGACCAGCAGGAGUAUCAGGACGAGAUGAAGGCCAACUACAGGGACCUCGCCAGGGAGCUGUCCAACAUCAUGCAUGAGCAGAUAAACCCGGUGGAAGAUGGUACACGGAGUGCUCUGUCUGACUCUAUGGGCAUCUUCAAUGCCAUCAGUGGCACGCCAACCAGUGCCAACCCACACGGCUCGACCACCGUACUCUGACAGGGAACGCUUCCCACCGCUCUCACAUGCCUUCUUCACUUCUGCCAGUCAGGGGGGGAAUCAGUUAGGACAAAAAUAAACCUCAGUUCCUGGUGUGAUAUCUCCUGCAUUUCAUGACGUAGAAGAUAAUUGUCAUUCGUCCAUCGUUCUUGUUUCCUAUGGAGACUAUGGAGCCAGAUUUGAGUCAUAAAUCUGGCUCAAAUCUUUCAUCCAACGUGUAAGCACGUGCGCUGCCUUGGCAUAUGUGCAUCCACCACUGUGACUGACAACAUCAUGUUAUCACAAAACACAUCGUAAACCCACCCAAAGAAUGACGUCCAUAGGUUGAAACCAACACAAGGAGCUUCAUCUGCAAUUUGAACCUUAUCUUUUUAGGGCAGUGUUUGUGAAAGAAACACAUCAUUUUUUAUAUUGGAAAUGAAAGAAAUGCCACUGCUGUAGCCACACAUACAUUCUUCAACUCGUGCUCAGUAUUUUUACAUUUGUACUUCAUUUAUCUUCCCCAUCCCUGUUAUGGCAGAUGCACUUUUCUCUUUUCUCUCUCUCGGAGCAUUUAAAAAGAAUCAUUCCCUCUAUUUUAGACAUGUACAGUAUAAAAACUGUCUGAAGCCAAGUGGACCACAAUGUUUUAACCGAUUUUCUGCAAAGAAAAAGAAGUAUGUGCAAUAUUUUCUAUUGUUACAGAGGCUAUACCGACUGCACAGAGAAAACACUCUUGCCAAAGACAUUAGAAAAAAACAAUGCAAGAUAAGAGUGUGGCAAUUUAUAAUCGACCCAUGUGUUUCUUUGUCUGUCAUUAAGAUGCCUUUUAUUAUCUGUGAGAUAAAAAAAAACAACAAUUUUUACUUUUUUGCUCAUGUACUGUAAAUAUGUUAAAGACUUAAAGAAAUAAAUUCUUACAUGUCUCACUGUGA